AAAUUACUAACCAGUUGCCGAACGGCAGUCGGGCAGGUCGCACGCAUUUCGUGCGUCCAAUAUAAAUUUUUAUUUUUUUAUUUUCGCUUAUAAAUUAACCAAGUGUCUGUGAUAGUUUAGUAGUGCUAGUUAACCAGUAGUUACGUUUUAUUCAAGAGUUGUUGCGGUUGAAGGCGAAAAGAAAUGUUUAUAGACGAGAAUGAGACGCCGGACGCGUGGUGGGUGUCGGCGGUACUGCGCACGAUCCGCGCGGUGGUGCUGGUGUUCGACGUGCUCACCUUCCCCCUGCACCUGCUGCUGCAGCGGCCCUGGAGGAAGCGCGCCUUAUCGAGACGCAUCAAGGCCCGCAUCACAGAGUCAAACGCAGACAGCAUAACAGUGCGGUCGGUGUCCACACCAUGCGACUUGCACUUGCGGCUGGUCCGCGACGGAGUGUCCAGCAUGGAGACCAUGUUGAGAGCCGCGGCCGCGCGCUGGCAGGACCGGCGCUGCCUCGGCACCAGGACAGUGCUGAGCGAGGAGGACGAGCCACAGCCUAACGGCCGCGUCUUCAAAAAGUACAGAAUGGGUGACUACGUAUGGCGGACGUACCUCGAUGUGGAGCAUGAGGCGCGGCAGUUCGGCUCGGGGCUGCGCGCGCUGGGCGCGGCGCCCAGGCGCAACGUGGUCAUGUUCGCCGAGACACGCGCCGAGUGGAUGCUGGCCGCGCACGGCUGCUUCACGCAGAGCAUACCCGUGGUAACCAUCUACGCCACGCUGGGUGACGAGGCGAUCGCCCACGGCAUCAACGAGACUGAAGUAUCCACGGUCAUCACCACGCACGAGCUUCUUCCCAAGUUCAAGAAGAUCCUCGCGAGGACACCUCGAGUAGACACCAUCAUCUUCAUGGAAGACCAGCUCAAGGACACCCCAAGAGACGGCUUUAAGGAAGGCAUCCGGAUUGUGGCUUACAAAGAAGUGCUUGAGAUGGGCAAACAAUCUAAAAUUGAGGCCGUACCCCCGUCUCCCUCCGACACAGCCAUCAUCAUGUACACGUCGGGCUCCACCGGCGUGCCGAAGGGCGUCAUCCUGUCCCACCGCAACAUGGUGGCCACGCUGAAGGCCUUCGCGGACGCCAUGCCCAUACACGAGGGGGACAUGCUGAUGGGGUUCCUGCCACUCGCGCACGUGUUCGAGCUGCUGGCUGAGAGUCUCUGCCUUAUUGGAGGUGUUCCGAUCGGUUACUCCACUCCACUCACAAUGUUGGACUCUUCCAGCAAGAUCAUGAAAGGCACCAUGGGCGACGCCACCAUACUGCAACCGACCUGCAUCACCACUGUACCGUUGAUAAUGGACCGUAUCAGCAAGGGAAUAACGGACAAAGUGUCCCGCAGCGGUCCGUUCGCGAGCGCGUUCUUCAAGUGGGCCUACGCGUACAAGCAGGGCUGGAUGCGACGCGGCUACGACACGCCCAUACUCAACCGCAUUGUAUUCAAGAAGGUCCGUGCGUUGCUGGGCGGCCGCGUCCGUCUCAUGAUCUCGGGAGGCGCGCCGCUCGCGCCCGACACACACACGCAAGUGCGGCUGUGCUUGUGCUGCGACGUUGUAGCGGGGUACGGCCUCACCGAGACCACCUCCUGCGCCACUGUUAUGGACCCGCUGGACAGGUCGACGGGGCGUGUGGGUGCGCCCACCACGGGCACGGACAUCAAGCUGGUGAACUGGGUCGAAGGCAACUACCGCGUCAACAACAAGCCGUACCCACAGGGCGAAGUGGUGAUCGGCGGCGACAGUGUCGCGGAGGGUUACUACAAGAACCCGGAGAAGACGCGCGAAGAGUUCCUCGACAUCGCCGGCCGACGCUGGUUCCGCUCCGGAGACAUUGCGGAGUUACACCACGAUGGCUGCCUCAAGAUCAUAGAUCGCAAGAAGGACCUGGUCAAACUGCAAGCGGGCGAAUACGUGUCCCUCGGCAAAGUGGAGGCGGAGCUGAAGACCUGCUCCAUCGUGGAGAACAUCUGCGUUUACGGGGAUAGCUCCAAGACGUAUACCGUGGCGCUGCUCGUGCCCAACCCGAGGCAUCUGCAGGAGCUGGCGGCCAGGAUCGGCGUCACCGAGACUGACUUCGAGCAGCUGUGCCAGAACAGUGCAGUCGAGAAGGCGGUGGUCAAGGAGCUGGCUGAGCAUGCCAGGAAAUGUGGGCUGGAGAAGUUCGAAGUCCCAGCAGCAGUGAAGCUGUGCACGGAAGUGUGGUCACCGGACAUGGGGCUGGUGACUGCCGCCUUCAAGAUCAAGCGCAAGGACAUCCAGGAGCGGUACAAGGAGGACAUCAAACGCAUGUACGCCUCGUGAGAUCUGGCCGAUACCUACUAAACCUGUUACACCUUCGAUCAUUGAACAACAACAUAUGCAGUUCCAUACGCAAUCGGAUUAACGAGGGUCCGCUUUCACUUUAUACUUCACCACGUAACUAAGUAUUUUUUUUUGUCGGAAUCGAUAUUUUGAUGCAAUUCGCUAGAAAAUCGGGAGAUGUGGGUUUCUGUCAAUCAGAUACAAGAAAAUGUCCAAUAAUAAAAUGUAACGUCUGGAAAAUUAAAAAGUAAACGUUUUUCUUUCUUCUUUCUUUCUGGAAAGAGAAAGCUUUUCGCUCUCCUGUAAAGGUGCUAAUUUUGACUAACGUGGUGUUACAAUUUAAGGGACAUUAUAGUUAUUUCAAAGUCUUUGUUUGCAAAAACAUUUUUUGCAAACUAAUAUCUUGUACUUUAAUGAUCGAAGGUAUUUACUUUUGUUAGUUUAAACAAAAAUUUAGAAAUACGCGUACGAAGUGUACGCAGUGCGAGUGAAACUUUUUUUUUGUCGUCGUUUUUGUUAGUAUUGAACUAAUCAGAAAGUUUAUUACAGAUUUCACUACUAAAAGUUUAUUGCCACUAAUUUAAUUUACAAAAUAGACCUGUAUUUUAUAGUCCUUAGCGUUCCAAGCAUAAAAAUUGAACAAAAAUCAGUAGUACGACUUUACAACUUUUAACUUCUAGACCAUCUUAAGUGCUGAAGUUUAGAGCGCUUUCGAUGUUCGUUUAACGUUAUCGAAACGUCCAAACUUGUGCUUUAGGUUCUCGAUUGUCAAAGAAGUUUCACUCGCAAGUAAUUUUGCAUGUUACUUGUAUAAAUAGGUGUUUCUGUAAAUUUUCGCUUUUCCGAAUCGAACUAAUGAGAUUGAGUUGAGUUUGAGUUACACUUUAGAGUUAUCUGUAUAUCGAGCACAUCACAUGGAACUAAGAGAUUGUAUAAAGAAAUUAUAUCGUGUAAAUGUAGUGAUAUGCCAAAAUUGAGAAUUAUUGAUUUUUAUAGUCCGGUCUAUAAUUGCGUGGGGAUUUGACAGGUUUUUGAAAUUAGACUGUCGUACCGACAAGAGAGUACGAUGCUGCUUAGAAAUCUAUAAGGCCGGCUUCGGUGGAAAUAGAACAAAAAGUAAUUUUGAAUCGUCAAAUGGAUUUACCACUAGUCUGGAAUACCUUUUAUCAUAAAGAACCAGCAAGAAACUCCACAGUUGCUCUUUUUAAAGAUUCGAUUUACAAUGCUAUGGAUAAAAGUAUGUAUGUAAUUGAGUAACCUAAAUACCUUGAAGGCAAGAGUAUAUGCAUCCUCUAGGCAAUCGCGCUCCUACCUAGACAUAAUUGCAUCUCAAUAUAAAAAAAGGGGUAUGGUUGACUAUCAUAGACUCGUUACUCACCAUCAGACGAGAUAACAGCUAAGCGAUACUUUGUCAUUUAAUUUUUAAAAAUUGACGGAUAUAAUUAAAAAUGCUACCGUAACGAAGUGACUGUAGGUCUUCCAACUAAAAUCACAGUAUUUAAUUUUAAUGUUUCAAGCACCAAAUAGAUUUUUACAUUAAAAAUUAAAAUCCUCAUCUACACCAGUCAUUCUACUCCAUGCAAUCAUGAGACGGACUAUAACUAGCAAAACUAUUAAUUUAAAUAGUUUUACGUCUUACAUUGAAAGAAAAUAUUGAAAAACAUUUAGGUUCGGUCCAGUUUCUAUUUGUUAAAUCUUUGAUAAGUCUUUGUACAUAUUUAUUUAUGUUUAUAUUAAAAUUUGUAGUUUGUAUGAUAUUAUUCGUGAAAUAUUGUGUUGUUCGCGCGGUGGGUACAUGACCUUAUAUGUAUUAAUUAAUAAAUAAUAAUUGAAAAUUAACUAAUAUUUUUUAUGUGGGGCCUAAGUUUUUACAUGUAAAACAAAAAUGUUGUAAAACUAAUAAACAUAAUUAAAUCACCAUGACCAAUUUGGUCCAACGGCUAAUGUGUAAUGGGCUCUUUAAUAUGCAGCCUUUGUAGGUAAUUCUGUUAUACACAAUCUCUAAACGAAACUGACAGAUAUAAAUCUAUUGCUAUCCUUGUCAGUAAGGAGAAUUAUGAAAGGGAUAGCAAUGUAUUGAGACCUGUCAUUUUAGAGAGGUUGUGUACAAACGAAUUAGCCUCAUUGUCAUGUACCCACAAAUGAACAAUGAGUGCAUACAUUUUGAGAAGGACUCACCAAUUUUGGUCUAUGUUUCAACUGUCAUGUCAAAUUAUUAUUGAGUACCAUAGUCACCUCUGAUUGGUUAAUGCAUUGUUGCAACAAGAACACAUAAAUUCAGCCAAUUACAACAAUUGGGAUGUUGUCUGUGUCAAAUAUAAAUUAUUUCUCAGUGAUCAUUAAAUAGAGGGUCUUCCAAAAUACGUAAAAUCCAUGUCCUUUGUUAGUUUUAAGUGUAAUAAGCAUUUUAAAUUAUCGAUUAAACUAAAAAACACGUCAAAUCAUUGUGACGUCCACUGUGACACUCCAGAAUUUCAGACAAGCGCGUGUUUUAACGUUUGAUAAAAAGUUACUGAUUUAACUAGUUGGACAUUCCCUAUUGAGAUUGUAAUAUUGAUUGAUCCAGUUUUUCCGCAAUAGACCAGCAGUAAACAGUACUUGUGACUUGACAGUUCACAUAGAUCAAAUAUGCUGAGUCCUUCCUCAAAAUGUAUGCAUUAUAAAAAAAAGCUUUUCUUGUCAGAAUUUUAGACAGAAAUUAGGAAUGAGUAAUAAUUAGUUAUUAAUUAGAUCUGAUGUCGGGUGACACAAGUAAAGAUAAACUAAACUGGUAUUUAGUUUUUUUUUACGUCAGAAUGAAAAAUAAAAUGUAUAGAAUAAUUUGCACGAAGUAGUGGGAAUAUUAAUAAUUUGAAUGCAAUAAUUAUGUUCGUUUAAUUAUUAUUAUAAUUAAUUAAUUGUAGACGACUUUUGUCUAAUUAAUAUGAAACAUAGACAGAUUGUCUGUGUCGCAAUGUCACAUUUUGUAUAGAUAGCAGCUAUGUUCUCGCCACGGGUCACUUUAAUAUUUGGGAAUUAGUAUGCUUAGUGUUUUACUAAAGUUUAGUAUAAAAAGUGCCUGUUGUGACUUAUUCUGUUUACACAAUCUCUGAGCAAAUUUAAUCGAAAUUAAUGAUAAUCAAUCUAUCCGUAAUCCUCGAUAAGUUACUUUUCACCAUACAAUUUUGAACAAAUAACGUUAGUUAGCAAUGUUCAAUAGAUUUUAGGUUAGUUUGGUUAUAUUAAUUUUGGCCUUCCUUUUCAUCAUACUCUUUGCAGAAAAGGAUAGCACUAGAUUUAAAUCUGUCAAUUUGGUUUAAAGGUUAUGUACAAGAAAUUAGCCCCAUUGGCAUUGGUAUUGAUUCUGAGCGCAAUUAAAAUUUAGAGUAUUCGCAUCUCUUUCAUUCCAAUGUAACAAUAAAAGGACAUAUAAACUUAAUUUAGAGUCCAAACUCGGAUUUUAGUUGUCAGUCGCGAGCCUAUUGUUUAAUUUUGUAGCGUGCACUAAGUAUUUCCGUCUCUUUUUAGCAAUAUUAAAAAGAAAAAGAUGCAGAUACUCUAAAUUUAGUUUAGAGAGAAAAGAAAAGGAAUCGACACCAUUAUGUAGCAAUAAAUAUAUGAUUAUUGAAAUUAAAUAUACUAAUAUAAUAGCGAAAGUGUGUCCGUGUAUUUGUAGCUUUUCACAGCCCAUCAGAAUGAAAAAUCAUCAACAUGAUUUCACCAUCUAGAAAACACAAUUCUGUUAAUUUGUAUUUGCUAAACAAGCUUCAGCAUAUGCUGUAAUAUCUAUAUAAGCUAUCUCUGUACCAAAUUUCGUCAAAGUCAGUUAAACGGAUGGGCCGUGAAAAGCUAACAGACAGACACUCUAGCAUUUAUAAUAUUAGUAUGGAGUAUUCAGGAGUGGCCUAUUCUAUAAAGCAAUAUUGGCUUUGAAUGUGGUAAACCAAGUUUCAGCCUAUACUCCCUAAAAUAGCGCAAGCAGUAUUGAAAGAGAUUAUGAACCUUUUUACCCAUUUUUUUGUGGCCUUUUAGAAAUUAUUAUAUUUUAGUUGUAUAUUAGGUAUGUAUCUAAUCUAUCAAAGUUUUUGUGUAAUUUUUGACCAUCGAUAAGAAAUGGAUUCACUUUUUUGUAAACCUUAUGAGUAUAAAUAUCAGCCUUGAAUAAAUCCCAAGAAUUAAUUAAAUCUUUAUCUAUAAAUAGAGAAAGACUGAAAGUAGGUUCCGUGGCGAGAAUAUAAAACAAAAAUUGGAAUAUGUUAGACUAAGUUAUUGUUUUAGUACUUAGUGGGGGGCCGCUGUUGUGAACUAUUCCGCAAUUAUGCUUUUAUUUUAUUGUUCAUAUACUGUAAUAUAAUAUAUUUUGUGGCGAGUCGAGGAUAUUGGAUUAACCAAACUGUUUUAGUUAGUAUCUAUUUCUGUCGUGUGUCUAUGUAUUCUCUACGCUGCGUUCGCCGUUGAGUUCGUCGAUGAAACAUUCUUUAUCUAAAGAACUUUUGUAUGUAAAAUGUCAAAUUUGACAGUUUCUGUAUGUAUAGUUGACGAUUGACAUGUAUAUUCUCAGUUCCUGUAUGCAAUGUUACUAAAUUUGACAUUUCAAACGUAGUUAGCUGAUUAGGGCCUAAAUUUAGAUUUUAGGCCAUCAUUUCCUUUCAUAUACGAGUGAUUUCUUAUCCUUGAUUAUCAAAUAUGUUUCAUUUCGUCGCUGGAUCAGCGUUGUAGGCAAGACGGCGCUUAGAGAAUACGAUAGAGACGAGUCUGUUACUAUUGUUUGAUAUGAGCAUGUAUGUGAGUGAAAAGUUGUUAUUUGUAAAUUGUAUAAUCAAGUAUGUGGGUGAUAUAAUGCGACUGCGCUGUCGAAAUUUGUGUUAAAAUUAAAAUAGGUAAUCUUACAGACUUACGGCCGAAAUUAGUAUAAUAUAAUCAAACUGUAAUCUGGCGAUUAGUUAGCAAUCUGUUAGCAAUGAUGUUAUUUAUCAACAAUUAUAUGAUCUCUUUUGACAAAUAACAAUGUUGCUAAGUAGAUUAUUAAAUAUGUAUAGAAAACCAGUUACGAAACUUAGCAUUAAUGUAUAGUGAUUGCCAUAAUGAUUUCAUUGUUAUCGACUGAAUUUCAAUUCUGUUGUUUUGAUUUGAAACCACCAAUGCCAUGUUUCAUAGUACAGGAGACGAUGGCAAUGUUGGGCAGCGCAGUGGCAGUCGACUGUCGAGUAGCAUUUUACGGACGCUUGUCGCAUUUGGCCGCGCAUUUAAACCCCGAUAUUAUUAUCCGUUACAUAUUGUAAUAUAUUAAAUUAUAAAUAUACAAUUAUAUACUAUGUGGGUGACUUCAUUGCUGUAUGACUGAUAGGUGGUGGACGAUUUGAUCAAAGUUUUUAUACAGGUGAAAAUAUUUCUUGAACCUUUAUAGUACACCUUCAAACUACGUCGAUUAAUGGCUGGAGUUAUAGUCAAUCUGUGCGUAACCUGUCGAUAAGUUACUCAACAAUGUUUUUAUUCGUCAAAUUAAAGUACCAAACGAUUUUUGACAAAAUAUAAUAACAUUGCAAUAACUUAUCGACAGAUACAUACAAUUGAUUAAUUAAUUUAUUAAUUAAUUAGGCCAACAGGUUUUAUAGGGGAACGCUCUACCCCUUACAAAAAAACUCGAUUUUUUUAUAUUUUUCUUUAUUUUUUUUUGUUGAUACCUAGUUUGAAAGUUACUAUGAAAGUUUUUAUUAAUGACGUACAAAAUACUUUCAACUAAUUCUUCACCAUCUCUUGGACAUUGUAGACUAUAUUAAUGAUGUAAUAAUAAUAACUAUUCAAUUUUCGUACGACAGCAAUGAAAGUCCCAAUUUUAAAUAAUAUUAAUAAAAAAAAAUGUGAAGUUAGGUGUCACUUACCAUCACAGGUAGCGUCACACUUUUCAAUGUUAAAUAAUUUCGAAUCGAAUACAAUUUGGAUGUUUCAUAUAACUAUUAUAUUAUUGUAAGUAGGAGUCGUUAUUGCUCAGUUUGUUUUGUGUUUGAAAUUCCUAAAAAUUUCAAUGGAAUAAAAUGAACAUUUUUGUAUUAUUUAUUCAAUAAAUGUUAAUAAAAUCAG